GAGAAUUUGGGGAACACAAGUAGAAAUGUUUGCAUGUGAUCCAUCAAAUACUUUAUCAAAAUGUGGCCAAGCUGAAGGACAAUCUAAUGAAAAACAUUCAGAAAAACAGAGUGAACAUUAUUUUAUAUUGCUCUGUACAGUUAUUAUUGAAGGUCUGUGUAUGCUUUGUAAUCAUAAAUAAGUGGGUCUUUCUUUGCUUUAUCUUUACUGCUCUUUGUAACGCAGAUAGUGUUUCGUAUCAGUCCCCAGACCUUUGGCUCUUCUUUGGAGACUUCUGAACCAUUUGUUGUGCAGUACAGCUGAGGACUCUGUCGGCGUAUCUCAUUUUACUCAAAAAUGUGGCUGCUGAUUCUUUUAGUCUGGUUGGUUAUAUGGGCCGGUGGCACCUACUGGUACCUAUUCGGGAAGCCCAGUCCGUUCUCCCUGAAGUCUGUGAGACCCCCAGCACCCCGUGAGUUUGACCAGAAGAAGAGAGACAAAGUCAUCAAACAAGGUUUCAGUGUCGACAAAGUGCCCCAGAACCUGGAUGUGAUUGUAAUCGGAAGUGGAAUCGGUGGACUGUCAGCCGCCGCCACGCUUGCUAAAGCAGGAAAGAAGGUUCUGGUCCUGGAACAGCAUGACCAGGCUGGAGGCUGCUGCCACACUUACAUAGAGAAGGGCUUUGAGUUUGAUGUUGGUCUUCAUUACAUCGGUCAAGUCCAUGAAAACAGUAUGCUUCGAAUUGCCUUUGACCAGAUCACUGAGGGUCAGCUGGAGUUCCAGGAGCUGCAGCCGCAUGUCGACACUGUCCAAAUCGGCAGUGGUGAUGAGAGGCGGGAGUACAAGAUUUUCACUGGAAAACAUGAAAUGAAAGCCCGCCUGAUCGAGCAAUUUCCAAACGAGACAGAGGCCAUUGAGAAAUUCUUCAAAAUCAUGAAGCUCUCAGCUAAGAAAACCCACUACCUGGCAACCAUGAAGCUGAUUCCUCAGUGGGUCUCUUUGCUUCUGCUGAAGUCAGGCAUUGCAGAUCUCAUCUCUCCAGUCUUCCGUCUAUCUGGCACACCAGCGACUGGCUACAUGGACACCCUGACCAAAAACAAAGACCUCCAAGUCAUCUUUUCUUACUUUUUCUAUGGUGUGCCUCCAAAGGAAUCCAGCAUUUUGAUCAACGCCCUCCUGAUGCAUCACUACAAACGAGGUGCCUACUACCCAAAAGGUGGAUCCAGUGAGAUCGCCUUCCACAUCAUCAGAACUAUUCAGAAAUAUGGAGGGAGCUGCCUGGUCAGAGCUCCUGUCUCUCAGAUCCUGGUUGAUGAGAAGGGCGCGGCCUAUGGUGUGAAGGUGAAGAAAGGCCAGGAGGAAGUUGAGGUCCACGCACCUGUGGUGGUUUCAAACUGUGGCGUCUUUACCACUUUCCAAAAACUCCUACCACCUGAGAUUCGCGUCAGACAUGAUAUUCAGGAAAGACUGAGCAUGAUGAGACAUGGCAGAGGAUCAAUGUUGAUCUUUUCUGGCUUUGAUGGAACUGCAGAGGACCUGGGUCUUGUCUCUACAAAUUUCUGGCUCUUCAAAGACAACGACAUGGAUAAGUCGAUGGAGGACUUUUUUGCAUUGAGCAAAGAGGAAGCACCUGAUAACAUCCCGAUGAUGUUCAUCACAGUACCCUCUGCAAAAGAUCCUGAAGCCAAUAUACGUCAUCCAGGAAAGUCUUGUAUGACAAUACUGACCAUGGUCAAAUAUGAAUGGUUUGAAGAGUGGAAGGACACUACCGUGCGCAGAAGAGGUGAUGACUACUACAACUACAAAAUGAGAUUCACAAAGAACCUCUUUGACUGGGCCUGUACUCUGUUUCCUAAAAUCAAAGACAAGCUUGUUUUCCAAGAUGUGGCAACUCCGCUGACCAACAUGCACUACCUGGGUGCUCAGCGUGGAGCCAUGUACUCUGCCGAACACAACGUGGAGCGUUUCUAUGCUGAGGCUGUAGCCAGGAACAGAAGCAGCACUCCUGUUAAGAACCUCUACAUCUCAGGCCAAGAUGUGUUCAGCUGUGGGAUUGCUGGCGCUCUGCAUGGAGGACUCCUCUGCGCCUCCACUGUGCUGGAUCAAAUCGUCUACAUCAACCUACUCAUCCUCAAAAAGAAGCUGAAGAGAAAGAAAGCCAGAGAGCUGGCCCAGCUGGCUAAGAAGAAACUGUAAGGAGACUGCUGCUCACUACCGCCCCCGCAGGAUGAUAAUGAAAGUGCGAAAACUUGGUGGAGAAAGACUUGCCAAUAGGUUGAUGUAGCUACUGUACAGUGUAUGAUUUCGAGGAGGCAGAUGUGAUUUCAUAUUUGUACUUUGUUUAAUGUGAAUUAUUAUUAUUAUUAUUAUUAUUAUUAUUAUUAUUAUUAUUAAUAUGUAGACGGUCUCACUUUCUCUAAGUGUGGAAAUAUUGAUAUGAAAAGAUGGAGAAUUGGAUCAGCUGCAUGGAAAAUGUUAUGAAUUUUCUGUUGUCGUUUGGAUCUUACUUGUAAACUAUUAUGAUAUAAAAGAGCUUGGACAUUGAAUUAUGUUUUAUACCUAUCUUCUGAAAUUUAGGCUGGUCUUAAUAGGAAUAAAACUUUCUUUUAAAGUGGUAGUUCAGAUAUUAUGAAUAAUAAUUAUGUGAGAGGUGAUGACCGUAUAUUGACAUAUUUUGCCUGCAGAAGAUAACUGUUAGCAUCAUCACUUUGAUUAAACAGAAUUCCAAACAA